GGUCUGACGGAGGAGGAGGAGGAGAAGAAGAACAGAGAGAGGAAACUUUGCUUUUAACGCGCGCGGAUCGUCCUGAGCGCUCGUCCGGAGAUUUAUUACAGGAGCGGAGAAGAAGAAGAAGAAGAAGAGGAAGAGGAAGAAGAAGAGGAAGAAGAAGAGAAGCAGCCGGAGGGGAAACUUUCCGCGACAGAGUUUUGAACGGGGACACACGCGCCUUUACGCACAGACACAGGUGGAUGCUGGGAAGCGGACCGGCUCGGAGGAGAUGUUACCCCUGGCCCAGUUCGGGGUGCUGUCGGCCCUGGCCACCGCGCUCACCUCGGUCCUGUCCGCGCUCCUGCUGCUGGCGCUGACCCGGCAGCUGUGGAGCCUCCGCUGGAGCCUGACCCGGGACAAAGAGAGCAGCCUGCCGCUGCCGAGGGGCUCCAUGGGCUGGCCGCUGGUCGGGGAGACGUUCCACUGGCUGUUCCAGGGAUCCAACUUCCACAUCUCGCGCCGAGAGCGUCACGGUAACGUCUUUAAGACGCACCUGCUGGGGAAACCCGUCAUCAGGGUGACGGGGGCCGAAAACAUCCGCAAGAUCCUGCUGGGCGAACACAGCCUGGUGUGCACACAGUGGCCCCAGAGCACCCGCAUCAUCCUGGGACCCAACACGCUGGUCAACUCCAUCGGAGAUCUGCACAAGAAGAAGAGAAAGAUCCUGGCCAAAGUGUUUAGCCGGGGGGCUCUGGAGUCCUACCUGCCCCGGCUGCAGGACGUCGUCAAGUCUGAAAUCGCCAAGUGGUGCUCAGAGCCGGGCGCCAUCGACGUUUACAGCGCCGCCAGGUCGCUGACGUUCCGUAUCGCCAUCAAGGUCCUGCUCGGUCUGCAGAUGGAGGAGGAGCGGAUAGUUUACCUGGCGCAAAUCUUCGAGCAGCUGAUGAACAACCUGUUCUCGCUGCCCAUCGACGCUCCGCUCAGCGGCCUCCGCAAGGGGAUCAAAGCCAGAGAAAUCCUUCACGCCAACAUGGAGAAGAUCAUAGAGGAGAAGAUGGAGCGGCAGCAGGCGGAGGAGGAAUACCACGAUGCCUUCGACUACAUGCUGUCCAGUUCCAAGGAGCACGGCCACGAGCUCAGCAUCCAGGAGCUCAAGGAAACAGCAGUAGAGCUGAUCUUCGCCGCUCACUCCACCACAGCCAGCGCCUCCACAUCGCUGGUUCUGCAGCUCCUUCGCCAUCCGGCGGUGGUGGAGAGGGCCAGAGUGGAGCUGGAGGCCGAGGGCCUCGGCCACGAGUCCAGCAGCCCGUUCAGCGCCGCCGCCGACACCGAGACGAGCUGCCUGCUGAACGGAGGCUGUCUCCAGAACCACGGCGGUGGUUUCCCACAGUCCCAGUCUCAUGUCCCGUAUCUGACCCUGGACAAGCUGAGUCAGCUCCGCUACGUCGACUGUGUUGUCAAAGAGGUGCUCCGCUUCCUGCCGCCGGUCUCCGGAGGUUACCGGACGGCCCUGCAGACGUUUGAGUUAGAUGGCUACCAGAUCCCCAAAGGCUGGAGUGUAAUGUACAGCAUCCGGGACACUCACGAGACUGCAGCGGUCUUCCAGAGCCCGGAGCUGUUUGACCCAGACCGGUUCGGCCCGGACCGGGAGGAGAGUCGGUCGUCUCGGUUCAGCUACGUCCCGUUCGGCGGCGGCGUGCGGAGCUGCGUGGGGAAAGAACUGGCACAGAUCAUCCUAAAGACUCUGGCUGUGGAGCUGAUCGGGACGUGCAAAUGGACUCUGGCCACAGAGAACUUUCCCAAGAUGCAGACGGUCCCGAUAGUUCACCCGGUGAACGGGCUUCAUGCCCACUUCUCAUACAGCAACCCGCUUUAGAUACUGUACAGACUCACCCAGGAGGCAUUUUAACCUGCCCGCGAGAAAGGAGACAGAACCACCUGGCUGGGCCUGAUGGUGCAGUUCAGACCCUCUUCGGACCUGAAGACAGUGGUGUGGUCCAGACUGAUGCAGACCGCUCUGUUGUAGCACACGUACCUGACGUGCUCACCUGCAUUCGUUUUACACAACUUGUCCCAACUUUUCUCUCCAUGUUUAAGUUAUUAAUGUUUUCCGUGUGUGUCUGUGCAGCGUUCUCUCUGCUGAUCUCAGACAGAAGUUCUGGGUUCUGGGCUGCUGCUGACUGGACUGCAUGUUCACCUCGCAAACAGAAGGUUUCUCUUCAGGGUGGUUUAGACUGACUGACAAACACACUCAUCUGCAGCGAUUUUAUAUUCUGUCGCCUCUCAGAAGUCCGUACAUGCACAUUAACUUACUGAAACAUCCAGGCAGAAUGUGCAUCAGUGAGAAUGAGCUACGACAAGUGAACACACACCAAGUUCAUUUCAGAAAAUGAGGGGAAGUCGUCUUAGCUUCAGUUUCUGCCGGCGCUGGUUCGGACCAGUUUGUUGUGAAGUCUCGUAGUUCACAAAACAUUUCUGGAGCUUCACAGCAAAACUGAAGUGGCAGGAUAAUUUAAUAAACUGAAGAAAACACGAAUUGGCUCCGAACACGACCCAUGUUCCCACAAACCCAUAGAUCCCAAAAUCAUUUCACAAGAUGUGAUUUACAACCUUUUUUAAAAAAUGGAAUCUUCACUGCAGCUGCUGAUGUAAAGGUGUUUGUGCCCGUCCCGUCUUCUCAGAUCAGUUCGAUUACAGCAGUUGAUGAAGAUUUUAUGGUAGUUUGAUCCGUUUUAAAACGCGUCUCCAGCGUCUUCAGUUGUUCAGGAAAAUGCUGCAACACCAGAAAUGUUUUGUUGGCUACGAAACGUCUCCUGUAAGCACGAGGGUGAGAAGAUGAUGACUGACGAAGGUUUAAGACUCAAAGACGGCCAUUUUGAAAACACAUCAAAAAUUCAAUUGGUAACACUCUUCCAGAUGAACAGUCCUGUAAACCGAUCCUGUCUUCUCUUGUUCUCCAGCCCUUCAGUUGUCUUUAUUUAUGUCUUUGAACCAGGACUUGUCUCUCUGAGCAGCCUGUGAGCAAGGCACUGGAUGCCUGCUCGCUCUGUGGCAGUCUAAAAUAAACUGUGACAGUUCUCAUCAGAACCCAACUCGAGCCAGACGUUCAGCCAUCUGCAGUGGAAAACUAUUGAACACUUUUGGAAGAUAGUUCAGGACCCACGUGGGCCGCAGGAGAGUCCAGAACCACCACAGAAACUGAUGGACCUUGCACUUGGAUUUGACACAUGGGACAUCAAGUCAUCACUCAAAUGGUUCUACUUUGUUUUUAAAUAUGAAUGUAAUAUAUAUAUAUAUAUGGUUGACAGUGCUAUCAUGUGUGUAUCAAAUGAAGUAGCAUUCUGAAUAAGCUGUAUUUAAAAUGCAGAUGUACAAUUUCUAUUGAACUUUUACUCAUUCUGUAAUAAUAUUUGCUGUAAUUAUGAUUAGAUAGAGACACUAACCUGUAAUGUAAAGGACUGUCCAUCAAACCUUGUUUCACUGCUAGAACAUAGAAAUCCUUCAUUGUUUAGAGCAGCAUGUAUUGAAAGUAACGUUAUUAUUAUUAUUAUUAUUAUUAUUAUUAUUAUUAUUAUUAUUAUGGUCUGAUUUUAGGACUGUUUCUGUGUCGGUCUUGAAGCCUAAUAGACGUGCUGUGAAAUGUUACGUACGGAUGGAUUCGUGGAAGGAGAUAGCACUUUCUCCACUUUAAGGAGUUUGUAUAUAUUUGUCCUGUCAAUGCAUUCGCUGAGUGUAUCAGAUGUAGCUGCUGUACAGUUGAUGUAAAGAGUAAAUUAGA